UGUCAUUAUUGCAUGAUGCGCACUGUCAUUAACCUUAAUCACCGAGGUUUAACGAUCGAUGGAGUUCUUUUCUUUCCUUAAUCCGGGGCAACCAAACAAAUCGAACAAACUCUCCAUGCUCCUCGUGAUCUCGAUCGAAACCGCUCGCUCCCCCCACGUGCUCCCUCGCCGGCGAGAUCUCCUCCGGCCGCCGCCGCCGCCGCCGGUAGCCUUGUCGGCGCCGGCGGAGGAAAUAUUCCGGCGCCGGCGACGCCGUGCUUGCUAAAAAUAGGAAGAAACGUGUACGCGAUUUAGAUAUAAAUAGGGGACCCCUAUCUCAGCUCCAGUCUCCAACCACUUCCCCUAUCUAUAAAUAGAGAGGAGAAGGGAGAGUGAGUGUGAGUUGGUCAUGGCGGCGAUGGGCAGCAAGGAUGGCGGCGGCGGCGGUGGCGGGAUGGCGGCGCAGGCUGGGAGGCUCGGGGUGGUCGCCUCCGUGGCGUUCAACCUCGCCGCGCUCGCGUUCUACCUCCGCCGGAGAUACUUCGGCGGUGACGACGCCGCCGCGGUGAGGAAGAAGGCGGAGGCGGAGGUCGCGCCGUCCUCCGGGAAGCCGCCGGUGACCAAGGACUCAAUCAUCAACCUCGACCACGGCGACCCGACGAUGUACGAGGCGUUCUGGCGCGGCGGCGCCGGGGAGAGGGCGACGAUCGUGAUCCCGGGGUGGCAGACGAUGAGCUACUUCUCCGACGUGGGCAGCCUGUGCUGGUUCCUGGAGCCCGGGUUGGAGCGGGAGGUGCGCCGCCUCCACCGCCUCGUCGGCAACGCCGUCGCCGACGGCUACCACGUGCUCGUCGGCACCGGAUCCACCCAGCUCUUCCAGGCCGCGCUCUACGCCCUCUCGCCGCCGGGCCCCUCCGCCCCCAUGAACGUCGUCUCCCCCGCACCAUACUACUCCUCGUACCCGGCGGUGACGGAUUUCCUCAAGUCGGGGCUGUACAGGUGGGCCGGCGACGCCAAGAUGUUCGACGGCGACACCUACGUCGAGCUCGUCUGCUCGCCGAGCAACCCGGACGGCGGCAUCCGCGAGGCCGUGCUCAAGUCCGGCGACGGCGUCGCCGUCCACGACCUCGCCUACUACUGGCCGCAGUACACCCCCAUCACCAGCGCCGCCGCCCAUGACAUCAUGCUCUUCACCGUCUCCAAGUGCACCGGCCACGCCGGCACCCGCCUCGGGUGGGCGCUGGUGAAGGACAGGGCGGUGGCGCAGAAGAUGAGCAAGUUCAUCGAGCUCAACACCAUCGGCGUCUCCAAGGACUCGCAGCUCCGCGCCGCCAAGAUCCUCAAGGCCAUCACCGACGGCUACGACCGCGCGCCCGCCGCCGGCGACGACGACGACGACUCGAGCCGACUGUUCCACUUCGCCCGCCGCAAGAUGGUCUCUCGCUGGGCCAAGCUCCGCGCCGCCGUCGCCGCCUCCGGCAUCUUCACCCUCCCCGACGAGCUCCCCGGCCACUGCACCUUCGCCAACGAGACCGUCUCCGCCUACCCCCCGUUCGCGUGGCUGCGCUGCGGGAAGGAAGGGGUGGACGACCUGGAGGGGUACCUGCGCGAGCGCAAGAUCAUCAGCCGCGGCGGCGGCAAGUUCGGCGCCGACGGGAGGGUGGUCAGGAUCAGCAUGCUCGACACCGACGAGGCGUUCGCCAUCUUCGUCGACCGCCUCGCCGCCAUGAACUGAUCGGUCGAUCGAGCGAGCGAGCUCGCCCCAGCUAGGGCUUGAUCUUGAAUCUUGAUCGAUGUCGACGAUGAGAUGGUCAGUUAAGUUGCGAGGAUUAAGAUCAAGCUUAAUUAGUUAUCGUCGUCGUCUUUGGUUGCUUCAUCAAGUUCGGUUCUAGAUAUCGAUCUGGGGUGCAUGCAUGGUAAUGUGCUUUGGUUAAUAUUAGUCCAAAACUCUAUAUAAUUUUGGAUCGACUCUUAAAAUUUCGAUGUUGUGUUGUGAGACUUUAAUUUGUGAGUUUGUGGCUGGUUGGAUAUCAAUAUGGAUCAUAAUUAAGUAUAUAUGUGUUGUGA